AUGAGUAACAGCUACUACUCCGAUUCGGAUGACCUUGACAUACGAGUCUCGAGGCGUCGGGCACCGUCGCCUUCACAGGUUCACUAUGUUGAAGCGAGAUCGAGACCCAGUAGGAACUAUUACCCGUCAGCAGGUCAACAGCCUAGCUUCUUGGCUCCUGAGCGCACAGUCAUAACCACUCGCACUCGGUCAAGAGAGCGUUCCCGUGAGCGCCAUUCCACUCCACCGGGUCCCGCUCCGGCUUCCAUCUCCGCUCCGGCCCCGGCUCCUGUAAUUAUCAACAACCGUAUUUACAACGAACAUUCUUCCGAUGAUGAGGACGACCGCCACAUGCAGGUCUACCACAGCCGUCACCGUUCUCACUCCCGUGGUCACUCAUCUCAUUCCCGCUCACCUUCAUCCUCUUACAUGACCCGGGAGGAUUAUGAGGCAGAACGGGCUCGACAAGAGCUGGCGGAACUCAGAAUCAGUCAGGCUCGUGAGAAAGAGGAACGCCGGGUUCAAAAGGAGUUCCGGGAGGAAGCUGAGCUCCAACGUGCCAAGCGCGAUCUCGAAGAUAUCCGAACCCGGGAGGCUCGCGCUGCUGAAGAACAGCGCUUCAAGACCAAGAUCGAGCUGGAAAAGUACCAAGAGGACAUGCGGAAGGCAGACUUAUCCAAGAAGCGAGAAAAGGAAGCUGCCGAUGCCGUAGAACGCUACAAGAGAAAGGAGGCAGAUCGACUUACGCAAGAGAAGAAGGAAAAGGAACAGCGUGAAAAGGAAUUUCAGCAAAGGCUCAAGGAAGAGCGUCAAAAGGAGCUGGACAAGCUAGCCAGGGAGAAGAAGGAGAAGGAGGAGCGCGAGAAGGAGUACCAAAGACGUCUCCAGGAGGACCUACGUAAAUCAGGUCUUGACGACAAGGCUAUUGCUGCCAUCCUCAAGAAGGAGAAGAUUCCGGAGCCACCGCGACAAAGACCAGCCCAGCAUGAAAACGCGCUCGUUGCUGGGAAUCGCCCAACCUACACGCGUAUGGCACGGAAGCAUCUUUCGAUUGAAACCUUGCGAACAUAUCAGGUUGAAUGGGAAAUGGAUGUUGAUCCUGAUUACGUGCUCAUCAGACGAUGGGUGCCGGAAUGGGAGCAAGAUACCCUUUGGAGACACACCAGGUCGAUUCGUGAGAAGCGCUCAUCCAAGCUCGUACUUGAGAUCGAAGACAAGAAGUCGCACCGCCACGAACCAGAGUUUGAAUGGGUCAGAAAGAAGAGUGACCGGAAGAGAAGCAAGUCACCCGCGCUCCUCAUGUACCUUGCGGGAGCGAAACCAGCAUGA